AUGUGCAAGACAAAGAUGGCAACCAACGCGGCAAGUCCCACUCGCACACCGCGAUCACAACAACGCGCUUCCCAAAGCCCAACACCGUCCUCAUCAAGGCCCACGCUCAGGCCCACCACUUCUUUCUCAGACAAACCCUCCACUUCCUACAACUCCACCUCCACCGCCACCACCAGCGCUCACUACACCGGCUCCACUGGCUACCGUCUCUCCUCCGAUAACUCCAUUUCCAGCCGCACCUCCCUCAACUACCUGCGCGACACGCUCCCCGAAAACCCUCACAUCUACGAUUUUCCCGAGAUCUGCGCCGCCACCAACAACUUCCUUGCCAAGCGCUACUCCUCCUCCACCCCCUGCUGGCGCUGCACUCUCCGUGGCGCCGACGUCAUUGUAUUCCAGCGCAAGUUCAGACGCAAACUCCAGACCAAUCAACUGCAGCAACUGCUCUCCGUUGUCUGCCGCAGCCACCACGUCAGCAUCAUCAAACUCCUCGGCGCCUCAGUCUCCGGCGACCACAUCUACCUCGUCUACGACUUCGUCAACGGCGCCAGCCUCUCCGAUUGUCUCCGCAACAAGAACAACACGCACUUCACUGUUCUCUCCACGUGGAUGUCGCGAAUGCAGGUCGCCGCGGAUCUCGCUCACGGCCUCGAUUACAUUCACAACAAAACCGGUUUGAACAUCAAUUUCGUCCAUAACCAUAUCAAAUCCAGCGGAAUCAUUGUCACCGAACCUUCAUACAACGCUAGGGUUUGUCAUUUCGGCGCCGCGCAGCUCUGCGGCGAAAUCGACCUCCAAUACGAACAAUUAGGCGAAAUCAGCGAGAUCGAGGAGAAAUUUCCACAGUCGCCGUCGAGAUCCAAGCAAUUCGAGGGCGUGCGGGGGUACAUGGCGCCGGAAUUUCAAGCCUCCGGCGUGGCGACUCAGAAAUCUGAUGUAUACGCUUUCGGAGUGGUGAUGUUGGAGCUCUUGUCCGGGGAGGAGCCACUGAAGUUUAAAUUCGACGAGAAGACGCGUCAGUUCGUGAGGACGUCGGUGAUCGAGGCGGCAACUUCCGCCGUGGACGGCGGUGAUAGUAGCGUGCAGGGGAAGCUGAGAAAGUGGGUGGAUCGGAGAUUAAAAGAUUCCUUCCCGGUGGACAUAGCGGAGAAGUUGACACGUGUCGCUUUGGAGUGCGUACACGUGGAUCCAGAUAAGCGACCGAACAUGGGACGCGUAGCUGGGAAGAUCUCGAAGUUUUAUUUGACGUCGAGGAUUUGGUCGGACAGUAUUAAGAUGCCUGAUAUUACGGUUUCGUUGGGUCCCCGUUGA